GCCAAAUCCUACCAUCGCCUGCAACGCAAAAGGUGCCGAGGGAUUGGGUCUUACCCCAGAGUUACAGCAAGCUGCGUAAACAUGAAGACAGAGGUGAAUCUCCCAUUGAUAAAGUAAUUCCAGCGAAAAAAAGGUAUAAGGGGAACUGAUCCCCGCUGGCCGGUAUGGCCAUCCGGUUUACUGCCAUCACAUUCUUAAUUAUUUUCAACGACAAUAGAAAUUUCGCCAAAAAUGCGUGUUGAACCUCUAAUUUUUACUGCUGCGGCAGCAGCCACUGCGACUACCAACGCAUCGCUCCCGUCGCUACAUGUGCCAAAGUGUCCACGCUCUGCGGUGGCCUAUGUUGACCAGUCGGUCCCAGACCGAGGGCCGUUCCCAAUGACCACAGUCAGCCUCUGCUACGAUGACACCUCUAUUCAACUGGCCUUCAAAGCGUUUAACGAGACAAACUACUACUACAACGCGAGCCAGACCACAAAUGGCGACAUCUGGGAGUACGAGGUGAUGGAGGCCUUCCUCUACCACGGCACCAACGACCCAACGACCUACCUUGAAUACGAGGUCAACCCCAACAACGUCACAUACCAGGCUGUCGUCUACAACCCGACUAAGGUGCGGGCCGUUGGUGCUCCAUUUGACCACUUUUUCGUGACUGAUCCCGCUACGGACGGAUUCACCGCCACAACAACUCUCGAUAAGUCGAAGAACACAUGGGAGUCCGUUGCGAAAAUUCCUCUCGCAUUGUUUAAUGUCGACCAAGUCAAGGGCUCUAGGUGGCGUAUGAAUUUUUUCCGCACCAUCACUUCGCCUAGCACUUACCCCAACCAGACCCUUGGUGCCUGGAGCCCGCCUGACCAGGCCAGCUUCCACAUGAGCCCAUACUUUGGCCAUGUUGUGUUUGUCUAAAUGUGUAUAUAUAUAAAC